AUGGCGAGAAAAUCCAUCAGGUCUCAUGGCAAGAAACCCUCCAAAAGACUCGAUCAAGUUGUUGAUGAUACCAAAGGUAUUGCAAAUCUGUUUUUUUUCUUCCUCACAGACACCUCUAAGGAUAUCAAGAUGAUCAUCAGGCACCUCCUGGAAAUGCUGACUCACAAAAAUGUCUCAGGACAUGGACGGGAUCAAGCACUUAAUCUGCUAAUCAGAAAUGUGCCUCGAAAGGACCUAGGAAUUAGAGACAACACCAAAAGCUUGGAUGCAAUCGAUUUUGGCUUGAAGAAGAUCUUGAAAGUGGGAGGGCAAUUCCCCGAACUGCCCAACUGUCUCCCCCUGACUGAGAAUACAUGCCUCACUGCUUCUAUCUUACUCAACAAGCUCUACGAUGAUCUUCGCUGUGAUGAGGAGAGAGCGACUUUUCGAAAAAUCUGUGAAGAGUAUAUAACGUGGACCUUACUGCCUCUUGCCCUACAUGGCACAGAUGUUGGUAAAAUUAAGGCGUCCCAUGCUCUUGCUAAGAUUGCUGCCAUCUCUGACCCAGAAAUAGCCUUCCCUGGUGAAAGGAUCUAUGAGGUUGUGAGGCCUCUUGUCAGUUUGUUGAACACAGAGCGAGAUGGUAUACAAAACUAUGAAGCCCUAAUGAGUCUUACAAACAUUUCUGCAAAAAGUGAGAAACUAAGGCAAAAAAUAAUCAAGGAGAAGGCAUUGCCUGAGAUUGAAUGUUACAUGUUUGAAGAACAUGAUCAAAUUCGACAAGCAGCCACUGAGUGUAUGUGCAAUAUGGUUGUCUGCAAGGAAGUUCAAGAACGUUUUGUGGCUGAAGGAAAUGACCGAAUGAAACUACUGGUGCUACUCUGCGGUGAAGAUGAUGUAAAGGUUCAGCUGGCAGCUGCAGGAGCUGUUGCCAUGCUUACCGCUAGCCAGAAGGAACUAUGCCACAAGUUGACAAGAGUGACCGUUCAGUGGCUUGAAAUCCUGCAGCGACUCUGUAUGCAUGACAACGUGGAAAUUCAGCACCGAGGUCUGGUCAUUGUUUUCAACUUGAUGGAGGCAGACAAGGAAAUUGCCAAAAAGCUCAUUGAGAGUGAAAUGCUGGAAAUCCUGACAGUCAUUAGCAAAUUGGAAAAUAAUGUAAAGCACCAAGAUGCUAUCAAUAUGGCUCGUGAAUGUUUGACCAAAGCAAUGGAUUACUCUCUUAUUAAACCAACAUCCUAGUCUAGAAUGUAAAGGGAAUCCAGUGCACAUGGCUUAGAUUUCAGAAUUAGCUCACGCUGUAAGAAAUAACUGGAUAUUUACUCAAAGCCUGUGUCACUCCAGAUGCUAAUUAUUUAUCAAGCAAAUUGCCAUUUUGACCGUAUUGCACAAACAUUGGAAAGCUAUUGUCAGUUUGAAAUAAUUGUUUAUUUCAUGCUUGCAACAAACUUUUAACUGGAAAACACUGGAAAACUGGAGUAAAUGUGCUCAUUUUAAUUUUACAUUUGUGUUUUUACUGUAACACUUUGAUUACCAAGGACU